AUGGCGAUCAAAUUAAUUUUGAGCAAAACGAGAGAACUUUCUUUGCAUCUGAAUCAGGCGGUUUUGUUAGCGAAAAGCUUAUUGCCUUUACCUAAUAAAUUUCAAGGAGUUAAAGAUAUCGAGUUGCGUUAUCGUAAAAGAUAUUUAGAUUUAAUUAUUAAUCCAGAAGUAAAAAAAACUUUUGCUCUUCGAACUCAAAUUAUUUCUACGAUUCGUCAUUUUUUAGAUCAACACAACUAUUUAGAAGUAACGACUCCAAUUUUGCAUUCCGUUCUUUCCGGAGCAGCGGCGAAACCUUUUAAGACUCAACAUUUAGCUUUAAAAAUUCCGCUUUAUUUACGAGUGGCUCCCGAAUUAUAUUUGAAACGCCUCAUUGUUGGCGGUAUCGCUCAAGUUUAUGAGCUGGGAAGAGUUUUUCGAAAUGAAGGAAUAUCAUAUCAACAUAAUCCCGAAUUUACCAUUUUAGAAGUUUAUCAAGCCUAUGGAAAUAUGGAAACGAUGAUGAAUUUGACUGAAUCAUUGAUUUUACACAUUGCGAAAAAACAAGAAAAGCGACUACUACAACAAUUAAAAGAACACAAGUUGGGAAAUGAAGAAGCAAAUGAAAUGGAUCCUGACUUUAUUGAAGCUUUGAGUUAUGGAAUGCCGCCUACCGGAGGACUGGGAAUCGGAAUUGAUCGUUUAAUUAUGUUUUUUACAAAUUCAUCCUCAAUUAAAGAUGUUAUCUUUUUUCCAACUUUAAAGCCAACGAGUUAA